UACCUGGUGGAGGCGGGCGACCGGCAGAAGCGCUGGCAGUGCCGCAUGUGCGAGAAGUCCUACACGUCCAAGUACAACCUGGUGACGCACAUCCUGGGCCACAACGGCAUCAAGCCCCACUCGUGCCCGCACUGCAGCAAGCUCUUCAAGCAGCCCAGCCACCUGCAGACGCACCUGCUCACGCACCAGGGCACGCGGCCCCACAAGUGCCAGGUGUGCCACAAGGCCUUCACGCAGACCAGCCACCUCAAGCGCCACAUGCUGCUGCACUCCGAGGUCAAGCCCUACAGCUGCCACUUCUGCGGCCGCGGCUUCGCCUACCCCAGCGAGCUCAAGGCCCACGAGGUCAAACACGAGAGCGGCCGCUGCCACGUGUGCGUGGAGUGCGGCCUGGACUUCUCCACGCUGACGCAGCUCAAGCGCCACCUGGCCUCCCACCAGGGCCCUACCCUCUACCAGUGCCUCGAGUGCGACAAGUCCUUCCACUACCGCAGCCAGCUGCAGAACCACAUGCUCAAGCACCAGAACGUGCGGCCCUUCGUGUGCACCGAGUGCGGCAUGGAGUUCAGCCAGGUCCACCACCUCAAGCAGCACUCGCUCACCCACAAGGGUGUGAAGGAGUUCAAGUGCGAGGUGUGUGGCCGGGAGUUCACGCUGCAGGCGAACAUGAAGCGGCACAUGCUGAUCCACACCAGCGUCCGGCCCUACCAGUGCCACAUCUGCUUCAAGACCUUCGUGCAGAAGCAGACCCUCAAGACCCACAUGAUUGUACACUCGCCGGUGAAGCCAUUCAAAUGCAAGGUGUGCGGGAAAUCCUUCAACCGCAUGUACAACCUGCUGGGCCACAUGCACCUGCACGCGGGCAGCAAGCCCUUCAAGUGCCCCUACUGCUCCAGCAAGUUCAACCUCAAGGGCAACCUGAGCCGGCACAUGAAGGUCAAGCACGGGGUCAUGGACAUCGGCCUGGACAGCCAAGACCCCAUGAUGGAGCUGACGGGCACCGACCCCUCGGAGCUGGACGGCCAGCAGGAGAUGGAGGACUUCGAGGAGAAUGCCUACGCGUACGCGGGCGUGGACGGCAGCGCGGAGGCAAGCGUCCUCACCGAGCAGGCCAUGAAGGAGAUGGCCUACUACAACGUGCUAUAGCAACGCUGGGCCGCCCGGCACCGGGGCAGGGGGGCCUGGGCGUGGGGGUGAGACCCGCGGGCUGCGGAGAAUCGAGCUACUGCCCCACUGCCCGGAGCCCUCCCCCGACACGGAGUCGUUGGCACCACCAGGGACUUGUAGACCAAAUGGACUGUACCACUGGCGUCAGCCGUGAACCUGGGCCUGCUGCCGUGGGAGGGUCGGGGAAAGGGACAGGGCACAGGGCACAGGUUCUCAGGGGUCCCCAGGCUCAGCAGUGCUGGGGCAGCCAGGGUGCGCACGGCUGGCCGAGCUGAUGGCCCCGCAGGGCUCCUGACACUGGAAUAGGGAUCGCGUGAGCCAGGCCUGGUUCCCCCCCUGCCUGCCUCCAGGGAUGUCGGGGCUCCCAGCUGGCCAGCACUGCCCGCCCAUACCCACGAGCCCCCUGGCUGGGUACAGCCCAGGCCCAUAGCCGUCUUCCCCACCCUGCCAAUCGUCAGCCAGGCAGGCCACCGCCUUCUACCUCCCGGUGCCUCCCCAGCGCCCCCUGGAGCCAGGUGCGCAUGCAGCCCCAACCUGGCCCGCGGGACAGCAGGGUGCAGCCCACCCCCAGGGAACGCCUUCUCCAGCCAAUUCCCAGCAGGCCCCCUUCUUACCGCCCUAAGGUGGGUUUAGGCAGACGUCACCCGGUUCUGUCUUAGCUGGGGCACCACACACAGAGUGUCCCAGCUCAGGGUCCCCAAUGCGAGCUGAGCCGGCCACGCCAUGGUCCGGCCACACAAGGACAGGCCGAGGCCCCUUGAGGCCCCUUGAGCGAGGCUGCCUGGGCGCUGACCGGAGCACUGGUCUUAUUUAAGGUGGAACAAGUAUCCACGCUGAGGGCGGGACAGCCGAGUCUGCAGGCUCCCGGGAACAGCAACAUUUAAAAGGAAAAUGAAGACCAUAGCGGAAAAAAAGAUUUUUGGGGGGCGGGGGGUCUUUGGAAGGUAAUUUAUCUCAUGCUUUUCCUUUUCAACUCUGUGUCGCCUAUAACCUUUUCUGAUGGAGACAGUUUUCUUCUUCCCCAAUGGAAGCUUUUUCGUGUGCCCCCAGCCUGGAGCCACCUGGCCUGGUGA